CGAACGAACCCAACCUGUCUGCCUGUCAAACGUCAUCGAACAUUCUUCCCAAUUCCAAUUUCAAUUUCAAUUUUAAUGUCAAUGUCAAUUUCAAUGACAUGCAUUUGAAUCCCCUUUUGGUGGAGAUCCCAUCCCGCGCGCGCAGCAAAACCCCCCCUGCUUCUCACCGGAAAGGGAUUCUCCAAUUCCCAAUUGCAUUGCAUUUCCUCCUCAGGUUUUGUGAGAUUGGGGCGUAAUUUCGAGGCGUUGCAUGAAAAAUAUUGGUAUGGAUGGAUAAGCUAGAGAUCGCAGAAUAGGGCGAGGAAUGUUGAAUUGGGUUGAAGGAAAAUGGGGUAAAUGCCGAUGCUUCUCCUCAACUUCGCGCGGAUUGAGCCAUCAUCACAUAUAACGAAAGGCUAUGGUGUUUUCUGAUCAGCUUUGUUUCUCCGAUGCUAUGAGAACCGUUUCGCUCCGUUUGGAAAAUGAGGAUUCGAGAGAAGAAAAGUACAGGUGUGAGUUAUCUUCUGCUAUUGAUUAUGGUGGUGGUUGGCGUGGAGAGCAAUCGGGAGGAGAGCGAAACCUUUCUCACAUAUCUAAUCGAUUCAGGGGUGAUUGAUCCAGAGAUGGCUGAAUUAUUUCGGGCUAAAUGCAGCAAUGAGUUACUACAUGCUAUGGAAACUUUACAAAAUCUUAAAUCAUCUUCGAGAAAGGAGAGGUUGGGUGCUGCUGAUGUUAAGCACUCGAAUGGACGGCCAUCCACAACAAAAAUGAAAGAUGAUGUACAUUUGUGGUGUCCUCGGGUGAAACAAAUUCUUCUAGAUUGCUCAGUGGAAAAAAAUCUCAUGCCUCCUUAUAUGAUGGAAGAGAAGGAUAUGAAUAAUUGGUGUGCGAGGUAUUCAGGUGCUUUAGUACCCCGGCGCUGUUCUUCUAGCCAUCGAGCAUUAGCUCAGUCGUCGACAGAGAUAACUGUUCAAACUGCCCCGAAAAAUAUGAUUGUCAUAGUAGUUGCACCUGUGACCUUUAUUGUUGCUGUCAUGCUUUGGUGCUGUAGAAGCUGCGGGCUUGGCCUUCCGGGAACUGGAAAUGAAGAGGGCCCUCUUCUCACCGUAAGCUUAAGUAGCAAUUCUGGUGCAUAUUCACAGAAGUCAGGACGUGUAGGAAGUUCAAAGAGUGAAGACAAGCUUGAUAUUCCGCUUCGAAUCACUGCUGGAGAAGCUAAUAGCUCGGCUGAAGAAUUUGUACAUGUUCCUCCAGCAAUAGGCCCGGCACCUGGAAUUCCACCAUUAAAGCCACCUCCUGGAAGGAAGAUUCCUCCAAGUGAACCAGCUCUUAUGUUACCUUCACCUCCUCCCAUACCUUCGGCACCUCCCCCUCCUCUUGUAUUGCUGGCACCUCCCCGUCCUCUCUUAACCCCUCCAAGCCCCCCUCUACAUGUGCCCCCAGCACCCCCGGCACCUCCGGCUCCGGCACCCCUAGCUCCUCCUGUGCCAUCAUCACCCCGGCCUCCUCCUAUUCCAUCAGCAGCAGCUCCACUUCCUCCUAUGCCGCCAAUCCGUCCACCUGUAAGACCUGUGGCCCCAUGUCCACCGCCACCUGGACCACCACCACCUGGACCACCUCCACCUCCUCCUAUGCGUUCUGCAGGUCCAGCUCCACCUCCUCCACCUCCUAUGCAUGCUGCAGGUCCACGACCACCUCCACCACCACCUGGACCUUCCAGGGGCCCAGGAAUUCCGCCACCUGGACCACCUCCGCCACCUAAAUCCUCUAGUGUCAAGGUUGGUCCUCUUCCUCCACCACCCCCCGGAGGAGGUAAUCCGUCUCGGACACAAUCUAUUGGUGUGAAACUUCCUGUGCCUCCCGGCGGAUCACCUUUUCCAUAUGGUACUAGUAAAGCAAAACUAAAACCUUUCUUCUGGGACAAGGUAGCGGCUAAUGCUAACGGUUCAAUGGUUUGGCAUGCAAUCAAAUGCGGAUCAUUCCAAUUUGACGAAGAGAUGAUGGAAAGUCUAUUUGGUUAUACUCCUCCCGGGAAGAAUGGAAAUGCGCCAAAGAAAGAGACUACAUCCCAGGCACCACCUAAAUUUAUUCAGCUCGUUGAUCCAAAGAAGUCACAGAAUCUGUCAAUUAUACUCAAAGCAUUAAGUGUGACUGCUGAAGAAGUUUGUGAUGCAAUUGAAGAGGGUAAUGAGCUUCCGCCUGAACUCAUUCAGACUUUGGUAAAGAUGGCGCCUACUGCUGACGAAGAGUUGAAGCUCAGACUCUACGAUGGCGACCUUACCAAACUCAAUCUUGGAGAUCGGUUUUUAAAACUCUUGAUCGAAAUUCCAUUUGCCUUUAAGAGGCUAGAAUCAUUGCUAUUCAUGUGCACGCUUCAGGAGGACUCAACAAUGUUAAGAGAAGGCUUCAUGGUCUUGGAGGCUGCCUGCACUGAGCUUCGCAAAAGCCGGCUGUUCCUCAAACUUCUCGAGGCAGUUCUGAAAACCGGAAACCGAAUGAACGAUGGAACAUUCCGUGGCGGGGCGCAAGCAUUUAAGCUCGACACACUUCUAAAACUAUCCGACGUAAAAGCCGUAGACGGAAAGUUGACAUUACUGCACUUUGUCGUUCUGGAAAUAAUCCGUACCGAAGGGAUAAGAGCUUCCCGAGCAUCCAGAGAAAUGAGGAGAGUAUCAAGCAUUGAGUCAGAAGAUCUCCUCGACGACCCCGUCCAAGAUUCGGAUGAGAACCUAAAGGACAUCGGCCUUCAAGUGGUCUCAAGUCUGAGUACAGACCUCAAGAAUGUGAAAAAGGCAGCGAUUUUAGACGUCGACGCCAUAUCAGGAACUGUUGCCAAGAUCGGCCAUUUGAUCAUAAAAGCCAAGGAGUUCUUGAGUUCGGAAAUGAAGAGCAUUGAAGAAGACAACGGAUUCCACCAAGCGCUAAAGCAUUUCGUGCAGAACGCCGAAGGCGACAUUGCGUGGCUGCUCGAGGAAGAGAAGCGAAUAAUGGCUCUCAUCAAGAGCACUGCCGAUUAUUUCCAUGGAAAGUCGGGGAAAGACGAGGGGUUCCGAUUGUUCACCGUUGUUCGGGAUUUCCUCUUGUGUUUGGAUAAAGUGUGCUUGGAAGUGAAAAGUGCUCCCUUGAAACCAAUCGGAAAAUCGGCUAAAAAGGAGGAGACAACAUCCCAGGAUUCUUCGUCGAAGACAAGUCCUGCGCCGCCGGAUCCUUCGCCUAAGGCUAAGACAGCUCCUCCUCCUCCUUCGGCUAAGACAGGUCCUGCGGAUCCUGGACGCCCCCCACCCCCGCCUCCACCCCCCGGUCUGCCUAGGACGGAUCCUGUACAACGGGUGUCUGCAGCAGCCAUUGCGAUGAGGCGAAUGGAUAAUUCAAGUUCGAGCUCAAGUUCAGACGAUGACUUGUAGGAGUAACUUUAGCUUAGCCAAGAUUCAUGGAAAUUCCGAGAAAGUGGUUGCACAACAUCAACUCAAUGCCUCCGGUGGUAGUUGCCGUGUGGCUGAUAAUGAGAACGAGAGCCAUUUUUGACACCGGAUCGAAGGAGACAAAUAGAGGUACAAAACAAGGUCGAAGAUCUUUACUUUUCUUGGGAAUUUCUUUUUGUACAUGGUAAUGAAAAUGUUCUUUUCAUUUCUUUAGAUUAUUACUUGAAAUGAAAAGGGGUAGGGAGCAUGUUGUAUUUAUCGAUCACGACUACUUUAAUUGCAACACCUAUCGAGGAUUCAUUGCGAUCCGGAUCACAAUAUUAUGCUUUGACAUA